UUUACUAUCCAAGUGGUCGCAAAAGUAGGUUCAUCACCGAUGAAAAGGAGAAGAAGGUCUGCAAAAUUGUUUUUAGGGGAAAAGACAUAGGCAGUGGAUUGAGGGACUUUUUAAAGACAAGUCAUCCAGAAGAACUAAUUGAGGGUUCUGUAGCAAUUUUAGGUGAUGAAUGCAAAACCUUGUGCAAGAGAAAUUCUGGAAGUGUGCUUCAAGACAAAUCAAUUCAAAAUGUUAUGGAAUUCACUUGGGACAAACUGUACACAGAACUACAAAUACGUGCCCCUAAUAUCCUGAAGAUAGUAUCAGCAAUGGUCAAUGACAUUCCAAUCCAAGUGAAUAACAAACCAUUUCAACUUGUAAUGUACACUUUGUCCCAGAUUCUGCAUGCCAGAUCUCAAGAAAUGUCUUUAGUACAGUACUUGUCAGGACUAGUGUUAAUGCAUGGAGGAUGCACCCUUAAGGAUAUCGAGAGGAUUGCCAAAUUUGGUGCUUCAGUUCACCCAGAAACAUUGCGAAGAAAGCUGAAUUCAUGGGACGAAUACUUGGACGAAGAACUACUUAAGUACAAAACAGAAUGGAGUCGAGGAGGAAACAAGAAAUAUCAGCUAAUUGGAGACAAUUGGGAUAGAAAUAUUAUUCCAUCUUAUCGUACCUCUCAAGACAAGACAUUGUCUUUGCACCUGUUUCAGGUUAUUGGAGUCGUUGAUAGGGUGGAUUCUCUGAAUUGUGCUUUUGAUCCACAACUCCUAGAUAUUUUAGAAUUAACUCCUGUGGAUUUUAUUCCCUCAGUAGCUGAUCAGGACAUUCUUCUGCAUGAGUUGACCUUUUUAGUGGCCAAUGCAGUGAUUGCAAAUAUUGAGCAGCUGAAUGGAGCAUUUGGAUAUAUAUAUCCAAAACACUUGAAACACAAGUAUAGUGAAUUCUCAGGAAUGAAAACGGAACAAUAUUCUUUGGGACUUUUUGAUUGUAAUGAAAUGGUUACCCAAGAUGUGAUCAGGCUACUAAAGGACCUAUCAAAGAAGUAUGUGCCCAUUGAUGAUGCUGGGGAAAUAGUUGAGGAAGUGUUUUUUGGAGGAGACAGAUUGACUGAUGAGAGAAUACAGAGUGCCCAAGAAGCUAUGACCAAUAAUGAAAAUCCAUUGGAUAAGUUUGAAGGAUUCAUUUCCAAAAUUGAAGAUUUUCAUCGGCUCAUGAACUUCCUCGAGGCAAUUGUGUUGCAAACAUUCAGCACCCAGUCAGCAAAUGACAGAGGAACAGUGUAUUAUUAUAAGAACAUAUUAAAUGCACGCAAUGUGAAGGGGAAAGUAAAGAACUCUUACAGAGGAUAUAAAAUGCUAUACCGUACUAUAUUUGAUGCUAUGUGUUGUGCAUUUUUCUUGAAAGAGUUUGGACUUUUUAACUUAACAGAGAGCAUACCACUGCCUGAUGAAUUCUCCAAAUGGACAGGAGAGGAAAAAAUACAGUGGAUGAAUAACAUAUGUGAACGAAUUGUGAACAAGUGGUUUUUUGGAGACAGUGACUUGUUUGAAGAGUUGCGACAAGUAUUGUCUGAUCCAGAUCAUGAAGAAAAUUAUUGGUUCGGGAACUUUAAAGAUGGUCGCUUUUCCUGCCACUACUGUGAAAAAACUUACUGUCAUAUCAAAAGUGCAGAAUUUCAUGAAAAAGAAGUCCAUGGCCAUUCCAAACCAGCAUUACGAAAAAGUAAACAAGCAAACCUAUUGCAAGAUGAACUUUUUGAUUAUUUGAUAGCCCUUUUCCGUCUGUCAGCAUUACAUCGAAAUCUUGAUACGGCAGUGGAUAUGGCUGAUGGCUAUAGAUCUAUUCGCUCAGCUAAGUACGAGACCCCGCUGUACAACAAGACCCACAAAACAAAAUAUCUUAUCGGCAGCAUCCAUUUAACAGGCCUCGUAUCAGGAACCUUGCCGCCUCCUCAAACAGAGAGACUUAUUGCAAAUCGCUGUAUAAAUUUGUCAGGUGGGAAGAACUCGAACAUGGCACUAGAUGAGUAUGUAGAACUAGUCAACAGAGAUACAAAAAACACUUGUUCUGGAUUCCAAACAAAGGAGAGUAUAAUUGCGCACUCGAAACAAUUUCCUCUUUUAAUCAAAGCUGUGAAAAAUUUGGACAUGAUUAAUGAUGUAUAUAGAAGAAAAGGAUUCCACAACAUACCUUCAUAUAAAUCUGAUGUUCGGAAGAUUGUACAAGACCUUUUUGACAUCGAUGGUUUUUCCCAACAUAAAGGACGCAAGCUCAAGUGCAGAGAACUAGUCCAGAAAAGCAAUCCAUUUGCAGACAGUUAUAAACAGUUGGUGAACAUGAUAUACAGACAUAAACCUUUACUUCCAUUCCGUCGAUUAAGGAAUAAACAACUAUAAUGAUGUGAUUGUUUAUCUACCUGGUACAUGAGACAUAAAAUCAAAUUAAAUAUUAUGGAGGAUUAUC